UGUUAAUGAAAAUGAACCACAAGAGUAUAGUGAAACAAAUAGAACGAAUGAAUCAAGCCAAUCAUUCACAAAACACAGAAAUGUUAGUGGUAAAAAGCAAGGAGAUAUUUGGCAUUAUAUUAGCCAAAAUAUUAGUUUAGAUCAGGGACAUUAUAAAGCUAGUUGUAAAUAUUGUUCUGUUUCAUGGAAAAGAGGUUAA